UUUGAAGGAAAAAAUCCCCACCCCUGCACAUCCCCUAAUGCCCUAAUCUCAGUAAUCUGAUCAGUGAUCACGCAGCCCUCAACCGGUCAACGUGACUCUUCUCUGGAGUCUCUUUCUCGUCACACUCUCACUCAAGCUCAAGCUCAAGCUCUUUCACGGCUGCUGUCACACUCAACCUCGGGUGGUGGUCGUUGUCGUCUUAUUGCUUCGGACGUCAGUUGGUCCCUGGGCAGUACUGUAGCAGAAGAGGAAGGCAAAGUGCAAACCGUUAAAACACAAUUCAUUAGUUCCAAUUUUCCGAAUCGAAUGGGUUCUCUGAGACGAGGUUUAAUCAACAUCCGGAGAUUCCUAACUUCAUCUAAUUCCACCGCAUCUCCUCUUCCUCGCUAUUCUCUUUCUUCCCCUUUCAGCUCCCUCCCUGCCGAUCCUUUCUCCCUCCAUAUCGAUUUAUCUGAUGAAGAAAGCAAAAGGCGCUUGUUUAACAGGCUAAUUUAUAGAAGCAAACAACGAGGGCUCUUGGAACUCGACUUGGUUCUCGGCAAAUGGGUGGAGGACAAUAUUCACUCAUUGGAUGAAAGUCGUGUUCGAGCUCUCGUUCACAUGCUCGACUCGGAGAAUCCAGACCUAUGGAAGUGGCUAUCUGGACAGGAGAAACCCCCAGAAUCAGUUAGCAGUAAUCCAGUUUUUGCUGCAGUGCAUGAAAGAGUUAUGAAGAACCUUGAGAACCAUUCUGCCCCAGAAACAAGAGCAACACCUGGCCAACCAUGGGUAAGGGGUUGGGAUGAUAUCAAGAAAGGUCGGGACGGUCCCAUUGCUGGCAAUCAGUAGCUUGAGAACUCAAGAUCUUGUCAUUUGUAACAACGAAAAAAAACGCAUUUUUUACCAUUUUUGUUAUUAUAAAAUAAGUGAUGGGUAACUGACUAACUGCAACUCAAAGGUUUGUAAUAGCAAGUGGAUAUCAGCACAAAGGGAGAAAAAAUAAAACUAGAACUAGAAGAUUUGGACUUUUUGGACUAAACCAUUAUUUUAGUUCCCAAAAAGAUUCAGUUUCCGAUAGAAGAUCAGGAAGAAAUACUAGACUUCUUGUGGACCCGAA